AUGCAUCCCGUAAUGAGAAUCGAUUCACGAGAAGAUUUACAGAUAAUGAAUAAUUCUUAUUCAUAUCAAAGUACAAAUUCUCUACAUCAAAUAUCGAAACAAAAUGAUCAACAAAUUAAAGCAACUAUUUAUUAUGAAAGAGAUCGUUCAUCAACGCCUCUUAGACCACCUUCUCCAAUGACUAUACCUAUAAAUAACAAUAACGAACGUACCAAAAGUGUUGAUCAUUUACGUACAUUAGUAAAUGAAACAGUACCGAAAACAUCAACUCCUUCGUCUACUUCUACAAGUACAUCAACAAUUAACACUUCACAUGUACCGCAAACAACUAAUAGAACAAUGGGGAUUCGUUCAAGUACAGCAUAUAUAAAUGAACUACAUAAACCAGCGAAAGAAGGAGAAAAACGUGAAUUAAAUACUCUCAAUAAUCGUUUUGAAAAUUAUUUGGAUAAAAUUAAAAACUUAGUCAAUGCAAAUACUAAUCUUCGUCGACAAGUUAAUGAUGUUUAUAGAAAAUAUAUAGGACAUACACAAGACGAAGAAGCAGAACAACAAACUGAAAUUAAUGAUAAUAAACAACAAUCGAUUAAAAAAUAUCAACAUCCAAGUGAAAUUCAAUUAAAUAGUUUACGUAAAAAAAUCAAUGAAGAAGUACAUGCACAAUCAUUAUUACAAAUACGUUUACAACGUGCUGAUUUUGAUAUAAAUUUCUAUCAAAAUAAUAUGAAGUUACUAACAUCCCAUGACCAGAAACAUUCCGAACAGAUUCGACAUAUGCGACAACAACUGGAAAUUAAUUUACAAGAAUUAGAACAUCUUAAACGACAAUAUGAAAGGCAAGAACAAGAUUUACAAACAUAUAAAUCUCAUUUUAAUGAAUAUAUGAAUAAGUUAAUUGAAUUAUCAAAUGAAUAUGAUACAAUAACAUACGAACGAAUGGAAAAUGAAAAUAGUUUAUAUACUUUACGAGAACAAUUAUCAUUUGAACAAGAAUUUUAUGAACGACGUCAACAAGAAUUUGAAUAUUUAGAAAAGAUUCAACAUGAUUUAAAUACACAAUUCAAUCAAAAUGAAUUUCAUAAUAUUGUUAAACAAAUUCGUCAAGAUUAUCAAGAAUUUCAUAGAAUAAGUUUAGAUGAAUUAGAAAUUUUAUAUAAAACAAAAUUAGAUACAAUUCAAAAUGAAUUACUUAAACGUCAAGAACAACAACAAGAUUUAACUAAGACAUAUAAAGUUCAUACGGAAUUAGAUUCAACAAAAAAAGAACAUCAAACAUUAAUUGAAGAAAAUCAAUUACUUAAGGAUAAAUUAGAACAACUUCAAGAUGAUCUUCAUAAUAUAAUUGAACAAAAUCGUCAACGUUAUGAAUUAUCCGAUCGAGAAUAUAAACAAUUACAAAGUGAAUUACCAGAAUUAGAUGGUAUUAUUGUACAAAUACGUGAAAAUGCUGUUAAUCUUUGGUCCGAAAUAAGUACAUAUAGAUAUUUAUUAGUUAAUCUACUUUCUUCAACAAAUGAAAAACCUCAGAAACAAAUUUCCAAAUCUUCUUCAAUCGUAACAAGUAAUAAACCAAUACCAAUUGAAAAAUAUACAACAACUGAGAAAAUUAAUAAACAAGAAUCAAAGAAUUCAAUACCAAUGAUUAAUAAAGUAACAACAACAACAACAACAAAAGUAAAUUCUUAUCCACAACAAUAUCGAGAUGAAACAACCGGUUUCGUUGUACAUAUUGAUAAUGGAAUUAUUUGGGUACGAAUUUAA